AUGAAACUCACGAGUCAUGAGCUUACCAACGUUCAAAGUAUCCAACUUACACAAAUCCUGUCUUUUUGUUUAGCUGAAGGAAUCCACAACUCGUCAGUGGAUGAAUCCAGUGUGGCUGGACUGGAAUCCAGUCUUCCUUUUGAAAAAGACGAUAAAAUGAAGGAACUACCCACAAUCAAAUAUGAUCAAAAGAAUGUAAGUUAUAGAAAGAUUAUUAGAUUAAUAGAGUUUCGAGAUUUCUUGUUGGGAAUAAUCGUAUAUCGAGCGGCUUCGUUAUUUACCUUAAUUUCAUAAAAUAAAAAAUAUUGACCAUCUCACUUUGAAAUUCCCGUGCUGGCCGUGCAUAUUGUAGUUUUGCCCAACUAACCAAUAGCAAUGUUUUUGGAAAGUUAUCUAUCGUGACUUGACACUUGUAAGGUUUAUUGGGUAACUUGAAAAUUGCUAUUGGUGGAUUUGGCGAAAAUACAAUACACAUGUGACAACGAAGGACGACAUUAUUACAUAAACGUUGACUAGCAAAGAUAAUGAGAUAUAUUGUUAUUCUAAUGAGUUUCUGAGCCAUCUAUUCUAUUAACUAUGACAGGACUCAAUUAGACAGCUCAAUGGAUUAUAGACUAAAUUUUGAUCUAGCCAAAAAUUUUAUCACACCUUGAAAGAGCAUCACAAAAUUAGUAAUAUUCCAAAGUUUCGUUGCGAAAUGUUGUAAAAUGCGGAUAAUAUAGCCUUGCGAAAUUUGCAAUUUUCAGUCAUUUUGUAUAUUACAAACGGGAAAUUGAUGCCCCAACACCCGAUUGGACUGUCAAUUUCCCGUGCGUAAUACAAAAUGGCUGAAAAACGGAAAACUUCGCAAGGCUAUAUUAUCCGCAUUUUACAAUAUUUCACAACGAAACUUUGGAGUAUCACUAAUUUUGUGAUGCUCUUUCAAGUUGUGAUGAAAUAUUUGUCUAGAUCAAAAUUUAGUCUAUAAUGCAAAUGGUCCAUAUACUAUCUCCAUUUAUUUAUUGUCUUUAUAUUCCCAGGUAUGCAUAACUGUGUCUUGGGAUUCUUCUGUUCACGACUCACCAUACCUUAAUCGAGCUACUUCAAAUUCUGAGCGAGUUUAUCUAAUAAUAAAGGUAAAUAAUUAAAGAUGCGGUAAAGUCCGUUCUGCGCAUAUAUUCUGCGCAUCAAAACAUUCCAUCAUUGGGGGAGCAACACCGCGGAAAAACGUCUGCGCAUGCACCAAAUUAUGAAAAUAUGGAGGGGAAUUUGAAUAUCAAUUUCUAAAACAAAAACAUGCUUAUAAAUUGGUCAAAAAUUAGUAAAACAAACGAGAAAAUAUAGCAAAUGGGUAGACUAGACAUCAAUUGAAAGCGUCCUGGCAUUUAAAGUAUGAAAUGAAAUAUAAUUCAUGUAAAAAAUGUUGAUUUUAACGGACACGACUUCGAAAAUUUUUGCAAAAUUAUUCAAAACAAAAAUUCAAACUAAAAAGUUAAGAAAACUCUCGAAAAGUUAAGAAAACUCUCGAAAAGUUAAGCUUCUUAACCCACUCAAAUUGUAGAAUAAAUCCUAAAGUUUAAUUAUUGUGAACACGCAAAUUUUUUAUAUUUGGCGAUACAGUUUUUUUUAAAGAAAUGUAUCUCAAGCGAAAAUUCGGAAAUUGUCAUUGCUUAGUUGAUAAACAAAAUGUUUCAGACGAUAAAUUUCUCAACAAUCACCUUUAGUUCAUGUUCUUGUACAAUACAAUUUCUUGAACCUUCUGGCUGUAUUUAUUUCUAGUUUUUAGAAUGACAUGUUUAUUUUUGCGCUUGAAAUCUGGCUGUAAAGACGCACAAUGAAGUCACUCCUUUUUACCGCCAUUUUGAGCCUUCGGAAAUGUUCGGAACAGCUUCUCAUCAAGUUCGCAAUACUAUUACAGGUCAGGUUGACGCAUGCGCAGACGUUUUUACGCGGUGUUUGGGGGAGCAACCUUUAGAAUGUUGUUAAUAUUUCGCACCUUCCGAACUUUCUUGAAUUGAAUCUCUAGUCUGUAUUCAUUUACAAGCAUAACGAACCAGAAAAGUGUUAAAAAUUCAGUAUAAUAUAUAUCUAAUCAUAUUUUACAACUGUAGCACUGAGUUCAAAAUGUAAACAAAGCGUUUGUUUACAUUACGGACUUUACAUCACCUUUAAGAGCAUGUUGUUAGUCUUCUAAUGUCACAUCUCGUUCCAAAAGGAAUUUAAUCCAUUCUUAUACUGCAGUAAAUAAGCUUUACUCAAUGCAUUCAUGAAAAUGUCUGAUAUACCAAAGUUCUGGUUUUAUAACCCUUACAUUUCUCCAAACAGGCACGCGUUAGUCUGAGCAGUCCACUUGCAAUGGAUCUGAUAUUACGUAAGAGAAUAUGCGUACGCAUCUACAAACGACAAAGUUUGAAAGACAGUUUGAUGAGAAAAUUAUGGAAGGUAAGCAAAAUAAUGUAGAUUUCCCUGUUUCGAAGUACUUAAUAAUGGUAUUGAUUAUUAUUCAUAAUACGUGUGACUUCAAUAUCCUUCCAACAUUUUAUUAGGAUACAAAAACGCGGUGUUGUGUAACAUAUGAACUAGUCUCUCAUAUACCUCGGGUAAGUUCCAGCAACCUGAUCUCCAUCUUCCUUACUUUAUCCACUGCUACUAUUUUUAUCCACUACUAUUUUUUUAUCCACUACCACCAUACUUUAUCCACCACCACCAUACUUUAUCCACCACCACCAUACUUUAUCCACCACCACUCUUUUUUAUCCACCACCACUCUUUUUUAUCCACCACCACUCUUUUUUAUCCACUACUACUCUUUUUUAUCCACUACUACUCUUUUUUAUCCACUACUACUCUUUUUUAUCCACUACUACUCUUUUUUAUCCACUACUACUCUUUUUUAUCCACUACUACUUUUUUUAUCCACUACUACUUUUUUUAUCCACUACUUUACCACUGAACACAGAACUACCUUCAUAUUGCAAAAACAGUUCUGAUGAAGACUUGCUGUUCACUCUAUUUCAGCAACCAGGCGAAGAGACUGAGGAGAGAGGCAAUCUUGCUGAACGAGCUGCUGCCGCUGUGAGCAAGAAUGACGAAGAACAUGAAGUAGUAUUGGAAAAAUAUCAUCGAGGAAUUUCGCAUGUUGAAGGAUUGCUAAAACUCGAUAAAUUACGGCAGGUAAGAACACGUGAUGUUCAUGCGAUGAACACGUGAGAAACAUGUGACAAUCACAUUACGAAAAUGUGAAUAUCACGUGAGGAACAUGUGAUGAAAAAUUUUAAUGUAAUCAUUACGGGUGUGAGAUAUUAUAAAUAGAGAAUAAUACAUGGGUGCUUGAAAAUACCAGAUUUAUUUCAAGUGUUGAACAUGAUAUCUCAAGAGUGAGCGCAGCGAACGAGUAUAUUAUAUAAAGGACAGUCUUUGAAAAGCGAUAAUUUUUUACAGAAAAGCGAUAAUUUUCACAUGUGAAAUUAUCAUAAAUAAUCUCACAUGUGAGAUUAUCAGUUUUAUAUCAGUGUUCAAAUGAGAUUAUCAGUUUUAUCAGUGCUCUGACAAUGGAAUGAAAACAUUUUCUUCCCUACAGGAAGUUGUUGUGAAGGAAAAACUUGCAGCGAGUGGAAAACCUUUGCGGAAAUUUGCCAGCACGCCAAAUUUACUUCAAGGGGUAAGUACUGAGGAAACCGUGUUGAAGUUUUCACCUGUACGAAUUUAAUAUUUGUUUAAUUUUUUUUUUUUGGUUUCUUGUGUACAGAGUUUUGAUUUAUCUUCGAUUGGUUCUAAGAAUGAUUCGUUGGACAUUGAUUUUGGUCAAGUAAGUGUGUCUUUGCGUUCAUUUCUAUGAUUAUUGGAUGAAUCACUUUAAUACCAUAGUGCGAAAGUGUAGGCAAUCGUCAUUGCUUUCGUUUUAAACCUCUAAUAGAUACGUUAACCAGAACUCCCUAGGCAACUAACACUAAACCACAUCCACCCUUUGGUGAAGGUGAAAUUCAAGGACUUUCCAGGACUUUCUAGGCCGUUUUUCAGUAAAUUCAAGGACCUAGAACUAGGAAAAAUCUUUGAAAAUGGCACGGAUUUGCCGUAAAUAAUUCACUUUCAGUAAUUUUAAUCAAAAUCACUAAUGUUGGCACAGCUGGAGGUUAAGGAAAUUAAUUCCAGGACUUUCAAGGACAUCUACUGAUUUUCAAGGACUUUCCAGUCCUGGAAUUUUUUUCCAAUUCAAGGAUUUUCCAGGAUUUUCAAGGCCCGUGGACACCCUGCACAUCAUGUUGCAGGUUUAACUCUUGUAUCUCCGUAAGAAUGUGCGUGACCCUACUUUUUUAUUUUAUAUUUUUUUCUUCUAUACGUUUUACAUGCCAUAUCGGAAAAUAAGAGAAAAAUCAUUUCUGCAACAUAUAAUAUUUUACAUUUUUCGCGCAUGCUUCCCAAAAUAACAUGUCUGGGAAGAUUGGAAAAGACAUCUUUGCACCACGACAAUGCACGUCAAUGGUUUUUUAUUCGCUAAAAUACUAUGUUUUCUUGUAUAUAAUCACUAGAUAGACAUUUUUAGUAGGAUCCUUGUUAAAAAAUCAAUAACGGUUGAGCAAUUGCGAUUGUUCCUGCAACUCGUAAAAGGGUCAAGAUGGCGCCGUAUGGGGGAAAGGUGCCGGCAUAUUGCACUUGUCAUAUCUUCGAAACGAGUUCGGUGACCCCAAUUUUUUUCUGUUUUUACUAUGAGCAUAUCAUAAACUUCACCCCUGGGAAGUUUCAGCAAAUUCUCAUCUCCAGAAUAAUUACUGAUGAAUCACCUUAAACAACCAUUUGUAUGUUUCUGAACAUGGUUUUGAUAAUCAUAUCUGACUGUUGUAUACACUAAACCUGAAACAGCGAAACAUGAAUCUAUAUCCCAACUAACAAAAACCUCUGACUAGGGUUCAAUGAGAAAAGGAUCGCCGGCUCAGAUACGUCACGUGGCAGUCUCAUUUGACGACUGGGAUAACCCUCGUACCCAGGACACAAACCUUCUAACGCCGACCGUUAUCGUGUCCAGUACUCCGACCAAUACACUCGAAACGGUUCUGGAACACAGUGCACCUUCGUCACCCCAACCCGUUAUCAUGGUAACCGAGACAAGUUUUCCAUAUAUACCCGAAAAGACUAGUCCCAGGGUCGCGCGGUCUUUGGAAACUGAAUUUAAUGAGGAACGACAAGCUCGAGACGAAAAAGAACCAUUGAUAAACAUUUCUAGCGAAGAAGACAAAGUUUUAAAUGAUUCUUUGGGAAAUAUACCAAUUUCAAAUAAACUUGUAGAAAUUCCAAUAGAAUUUGAGAACUGGAAUGAAGAGAAUACGGAUUUUAGUCCUUCGAAAUUGGAGCAAAACAACGCUAAGUUGGAAAACGAUUUAACUACAAAAUUAGAUCUAUUGGAAUUCGAUUCAAGUAACGAUGCUAGGCCGAAUUUAGUCCACGAUUCGGGAAGUCAGACUAUUUCCGAUGUUGCGACGAUCGGAAAUAUUCACCCGGCCGUCGGGGACUGGUCAGGUACUUUGGACAAUGGUAGUUUGUUAUCGAAUUCUGUUGACUCUGGUCUACAUGAAAGCACGGAUCAGUUAUUGGACGCGAGGGAUACUAUGGAUACUGAUGGAUCUUCGGGACAGAACAGUACAAAGAGGGAUUAUGAGGGUGAAUUAAGGAUAGGGCAGGUUAUUAGUGUAGGGGAUUCUAAAGUUGGAUCAAUACGGUAUAUUGGUACGACCGAGUUCGCCUCUGGGGAAUGGGUUGGAGUAGAAUUGGAACUUCCAGUUGGUAAGUGUAUUUCUGUUUGUUUUUAACCAUCACAUAAACACCACACAAAAAGAAAGUUUCCCCCUAAAUAUAUCAUCAUAAGUUCUAAAUGAUUGAUCACCUGAUAAUCAAACCUAGCACUAAUUAGACCUAUGGUAGUUUGCUUUAUGCUGUGUGAAGAAUGGGGUCAUUCGUGCUUAAAGUGCACCUGACCUCAAUUCUUUUUAUAAUUUCAUUCUGAAGAACUUCUGAAAUUAUAUAAUAACUUAUUUUGAAGAUUUUCGUUUGCACACUUUGUCUCGGAGUUAUUUCAGUUUUAUUGAUAUGCAGAUGUCCGGAAUUUACGUCACAUGUGAAUAAUGACCGAUCAAAGAAUGUAAGGUACAGUUAAAUAUCAUGAAAUAAAGAGGCUAAAUGGUGUUUUACAUAGGUAUAUGUAAUCCUCCCACAACUUCACUAUGGAUUUUAAUGAUUUAAACUCGAUAGUGAAUGCGAUAUACAAGCUUUUACUUUAAGUCAUUAUGCAUUUGUGACGUAAAUUCCGGACAUCUGCAUAUCAAUAAAACUGAAAUAACUCAGAGACAAAGUGUGCAAACGAAAAUCUUCAAAAUAAGUUAUUAUAUAAUUUCAGAAGUUCUUCAGAAUGAAAUUAUAAAAAGAAUUGAGGUCAGGUGCACUUUAAAAGAAUGACUUGGCCUCAAUUGAAUACAAAAAUACCCAAUUUCAAAAUUAACAAGAAUGACUUUAUUUCAAUUUCACAACAACAGUAAUGUUUCAUCAUUGAUUUAAUAAUGGGUGUAACCACUACGCUUCUCGAUCACCCCAAGGCAUCGUCGGCUCACCCGCCGUUGAGAUAUAGCCAUCCAUUUCUCCUGCAACAAUUGAGCCAAGUCAGCCAGAGUCCUGUAUUCUUCGAACCGACGAUAGACAACUUUGCUGGUCCCAAAGAUGCUCAAUAGGGUUGAGAUCUGGCGAGUUUCCAGGCCACAGCAUUCUCUUUCUGAGGAGAUGAUGCCUUGAUGAAAUAAUUUACUCUUGUACGUUGAAAUUUAAAUAAAGUCAUUCUUGUUAAUUUUGAAAUUGGGCAUUUUUGUACUCAAUGGAGGCUAAGUCAUUCUUUAAAUCACACAUUUUACAACAAUUCGCAACCAAACUUUGCAUUUUUACUCGUUUUAAGAUGCUCUUUCCAGCUAUGAUAGUGGAUUUCGUUCUUGUCUAGAUCAAAAUUGUCUAGAUCAAAAUCAGUAAUUGCCGUAAAAUUCUUCGGGAGAAAAUUGAAUUUGAAUAUUACAUUUUCAAUGUUUUUCUUAUUGUAGCGAAAUGUAUUUUAUUAAAUAACUCUGCGAGUUUUCAACAUUUUUCGUCCAAACUUGGUCAGAUAGUAGAACUAGUCUAAUGCUUUCAUGGAAACCAAUAAUACAUUUUUAGGCCAAAUUAACACUCAAAGGUGUUCUGUAACCUUAAGUUUUGAAAACUUUUUCUUUACAGGCAGAAAUGACGGCUCAGUGAACGGUAAACGAUAUUUUACUUGUAAACCUAGAUAUGGUACAUUUGUCCGGGCGGAUAAAGUGACCCUGCCAAAAACUCGACCCAAAUCAACCUCGUCAAGUCGCGUUAUAGAGACUAGUCGCCGGGUAUCUUCGGGUACCCCCGGAACUUCGUCUCCUCGCAAUAACUCCGGGGUUCAAACUCGUAGCAAGCCCCGUGGGGGCAGUUCUUCCGAUACUGCAAAAAGGAAGGAACUGAAUAGGCGGUCGAAUAUUUUAUUUUAGUAUACAGAAAAUAUUUUUAGUCUUAAAUUAAUUGGAUAGAAUUAAUAUCAUACGUAUUUCAUAAUAUACAAUGACAUCUUGCAUAUAGUUAGACCAUGAAAUAUACAAAAGCAUUCAUCGUCGAAAAUCGUACAACUAAGAGAUUGGAGUGAAUUUAAAACAGCACUGAACGCUCUCAUACGGUACACAUUUACACGUAAAAAUCUCACAACUUGUCAACAAGAUGUCUUCGCAACAGGCUUUUAUAUAGCAAGCUUGUCAACAAGUUGUAACAAUUCUGUUAUUUUAUCAAGUUGCUACAAGGUUGUCACUCACAACUUGUUGACAAAUUGUUGAAUUGCAGGACGAUAUAACAUGUUGUUGGAACAACUUGUAACAAGUCUGUUGAGCUCAACAACCUUGUAGUAAGUUGCCAA